CUUUCUCCAUACCAGCCCGUCUCCGAGCCCAUCUGUCUCUCUACCUCUCUUUCUUUUUCCUUCGUGAGCCGCACCCCCUCCUCCUGGCCCAUCUCGCCGCCGAUCGCCCCAUCCCCCCUCGCUCGUCUUCCUCGCGCACGAUUGACUCCAGCAACGAAAGCGCCGCCGUCGCCGGUUGAUCUCCCCAUCGAUUCUCUCGCUUCCGACCGUUUCUCCUCCCAUCACCCAACUAUAAGCCCUUUAGUUCCCCGUUUCAUCUCCAAAUCUCCCCAAUUCGUAACUGAGGCGAAAACCAAGGUAGGGCGGGCGCCCUACCUUGCCCUAAUGGAUCCUCCGCCCAUGGACGGGAGGCAGCGGUUCCUCCUGGAGCUUGAGUUCAUCCAGUGCCUCGCCAACCCUAUUUACAUCCACUAUCUAGCACAGAAUCGAUACUUUGAGGAUGAGGCAUUUAUCGGGUAUCUCAAGUACCUCAAGUAUUGGCAGCGUCCGGAGUACAUCAAAUACAUAAUGUAUCCACACUGCCUUUUCUUUCUUGAGCUACUCCAAAAUGCAAAUUUCCGGAACGCGAUGGCACAUCCAGCAAGCAAGGAAGUUGCUCAUAGGCAGCAAUAUUUCUUUUGGAAAAACUACAGGAACAACAGACUGAAGCACAUCCUACCUCGUCCUCCUCCUGAACCAACUCCUGCCCCUGCACCAGCGCCAGCAACGGUGCACCCACCAGCACCAGUGUCAGCACCUUCACCUGUUCCCGCACCAGCAUCAUCCUUGCCAACUAUGUCAGCUGUUGUUGCAUCUGCAAUGCCCCCCAUGCAGUUUAUAGGAACUCCUGGCACCAAUAACUCAAAGAAUGAGAUGAGAAAUGUUAUGGGUGGUAGAAAGAGAAAGAUGGGCUAGUGGAACGGAUUGGUCAACUUAAUAUUGGACAUUGUUUUUCUGGAGCGCUGGAUUUUCUUCUCUCAGAUGGUAGGCAUUUGAAGUUGCAGACAAGUUCACAAGGAAAUGAUGUUUUGUUUUAGUUGGGAGAUGUCAAUAUGCCAUGCACACUUGACUCUUGAUUGCUGUAGUUAAGUGAAAUCUGUGUACCAUCGUCGGCAGCCAAGAAAGCCAACAUUUGGCACCUCAUGUCUGACAUUUAGCGUACACACUGAACUUCAUGAAUGCUUCGUUGCUUGUUCAUGAUUUUGCUGUGCAAUUCGUGCCUUGUUGUGGAGUAAAUAACGGAAGAGAUGGCUUGCAUGGACUA